CCGGAAGUGAUCGCUCCGUGGUGCUGUGUUGAGUUGGAGACGGUCGUGUAAUUUAUUUACAUCUCCUACCUUCGUGUUUGAAUUCCUGACAUUUUAUAGCCUCCAGGACUCAUCUCAGCAAGAAUGACAGACCGUUACAACAUCCACAGUCAGCUGGAGCAUCUGCAGUCAAAGUAUAUCGGCACAGGACACGCCGACACCAGCAAGUGGGAAUGGCUGGUCAAUCAGCAUCGUGAUUCCUACUGUUCCUACAUGGGACAUUUUGACCUGCUGAAUUACUUUGCUGUGGCUGAGAACGAGAGCAAAGCGCGUGUUCGUUUCAACCUGAUGGAGAAGAUGCUUCAGCCAUGUGGACCACCAGCAGAUAAACCUGAUGAUGCCUAGAUCACACUGGAGUGAGCAGUGGAUGCUUUUUGUUAGAAACAAAAGUUUUCCAGCUAAAACUGCUGCUGUGUCCUUGUUUGACUCCACCAUUACUGGAUUUGUUGUCUACUUAUAGAAGAGAAGACUUUUUCAUUUUUUGGUUUUAUAUGGACCAGAACAAAAUAUUUUCUUGCCCAACACAGUUUUCUAAACAGUUGUUUAAAGGUGCUUUAACAGCUGAACAUGUACCAGAGGACAUAGAAAGCAGGUAUAAGGUGGUGUACUUUCAUCUGCAUGUGUUUGUAUUAAAGGAUGGAGAUGUAUUCUUGAUUUCAUUAAAAUUUGUCUUUUUCUAUUUUA